AUGGGUAAGCCAAAUGGUUUAAAAACAGCUAGAAAGCUUAGAAAUCACAGAAGAGUCCAAAGAUGGAACGAUAAACUCUACAAAAAGGCUCAUUUCGGUACUGCUCUUAAAGCCAAUCCAUUCGGUGGUGCCUCCCAUGCCUCUGGUAUCGUCGUAAGCAGACUUGGUAUCGAAGCCAAACAACCAAAUUCUGCCAUCCGUAAAUGUGUCAGAGUUCAAUUAAAAAAGAACGGUAAAAAGAUCACUGCUUUCGUUCCAAACGAUGGUUGUUUAAAUUACAUCCAAGAAAAUGACAAAGUUUUAGUUGCUGGUCUCGGUCGUUCAGGUCACUCUGUCGGUGAUAUUCCAGGCGUCCGUUUCAAGGUUGUCAAAGUUUCAUCCGUCUCCCUCAUUGCCAUCUACCGUGGUAUCAAAGAUAAACCAAACGUAUAA